AUGCAAGACUCCAAGGACCUGCACGCAUCAAAUAGUAAAAGAAAUAACUCUCUUCAGAUGACCGAUUAUUCUGCACAAAUCGAAGAACUGGAAUUCCUUUACGCAACAAACAUUAAUGUCUCCAACUUUGUUUCCGAAAAACUUUCCGGCGACAGCAAUUACCAUGUCUGGAAGGAGCAGAUGCUGUGCCUCAUGGACAGUCAAAAAAUGCGUGACAUGGUACAGGACAAAGACGACAAUCAGGGCAUGCCCCUGUUGGGCAAAGUUUCUAGAUUCGCCAUUACUGCUACCAAUCUCAAGAGGUUGGAUCAAUACGAAAGCCUGCUCAAAGGUUGGAUUUUUGGUUCACUCAACCAAGAUGUGCUCAGGACUGUUGUAAAACUUGAAUCUGCAAGAGACGUUUGGUGGAAACUAAAAGUCAUCUAUGAUCAACAAGAAAGCUCUCCACAAGAUUCAGCUUCCAGGAAACCGAGUACCAUUACAGAGAAGAAGACGACCUCAGUGACAUUAACGGAGAACAAAUAUGACACCGAAGACAACAAUAAGCUGUACAAAGCUACAGUGGAAGGGAAUUGGUGGGAUGCAGAAGCCAUACUGAGAACAUCUGCAAAGGUAGCUACAGAGGCCAUCAGCAAUGACGGCAGCACAAUGCUUCACUUAGCGGUUGGAAAAGGGCAGAAUGAGUUCGUGGAGGAGUUGCUAGCUUUUAUACGUGAGGGAAGAGAUAUUGAGAAGAAAAAUUCAGAUGGGAGCACUGCGCUUCACAUUGCAGCAAUUGUUGGCAACAAACGCGCUGCUGAACUCUUGGUUAAGAAAAGGAAAGAAUUGUUGGGAAUUUCGGACCAUAAAGCAUACGUACCCUUGCUCAGUGCUUACUACAAUAUGCAGCUGGAUACGUUUGUGUAUUUGUUGGAAGCCACACAAACCAAGCAGCAGCAACUUCCUUUAGGCCUUUAUCCUGGUUCUGGUGUCCGAACUGGCAUCCAUCUUCUCAUCACUGCUAUUCUCGCGAAAGAAUACGUACGUGCAGCGUCUUUGGUCCGUGCGUAUCCUGAAUUGGCAACGGUAGAUGAUCAAGUAUUGAUGGCUACUGUAAGAUCCUUUCCAAGUGAGCUUGGCUUCGGGGAGGCAUUGAUCUAUCCUUUGGAUCCGUCUCCUCAGCUUAGUGCUUUUUUCCGGCUUCUCUGGGCUGUAUUUCCUCCUGUGGAGGGUUUUAGCAACUUGCCACCAAUUAAACGUAUCGAGAAGAAGAAAAAAGACUACAAAGAUGCGAAACAGAUGUUUUGCUUCGUAUGCGAUCAAAUCGACCGGCAUACCUCUUCUGGUACUCGGCAUCUCAUUUAUAGGCCAGCAAUUCUUGAGGCUGCAUGUCGAGGUGCUUAUGUGGUUGUUGACGAAAUUCUAUCAAGGUCACCAAAAGCAAUUGAUUAUGUGAACAGGAACGGGCAUAACAUUAUUCAGUUAGCAGUAAUAAACCGUUCAGAUAAAGUCUACAACCUUAUCCGUCACAUUGUUGAACGUACGGAUCUUUCAAUCAUGGAUUCUUCCAAGAACAAUAUUCUGCACUUGGCCGGAAGAUUGGCACCUUCGGUUGUACUCAGUCGAACCACCGGUGCAGCGCUGCAACUACAGCAAGAGCUACAAUGGCGCAAGGAAGUGGAGAAGUUCAUGUCUCCUACGGAGCUUAUGAAAGAGAACAUCCAUAAGGAGACACCCGAAAUGGUGUUCACUAGGGAACACAAGGAUUUGAUGAAGGAAGGAGAAAAGUGGAUGAAAACGACAGCAGAAUCAUGCAGCAUUACUGCUGCACUAAUCACCACAAUCGUAUUUGCAGCAGCAAUCACCGUGCCAGGUGGAAGCAAUCAAGAAACGGGUAUCCCCUUGUUUAGGAAUGACAUUGCCUUCACUAUCUUUGCAGUAGCAGACGCGAUCUCACUGUUUACGUCUUCUACUGCACUGCUAGUGUUCUUAUCGAUCCUCACUGCACGUUUCUCGGAGCAAGAUUUUCUUGUCAGUUUGCCAAGACGGUUGAUCAUCGGUCUUUGCUCGUUAUUCUUCUGUACAAGUGCAAUGAUGGUUGCCUUUAGUGCAAUACUUUUCCUUGUGUUUUGUGAUCAAAGAGCAUGGAUGGUGGCACCAAUAGCUGUAUUAGCCGGCUUGCCGAUUGCAGUUAUCGUUACCCUACAGUUCCCCCUCGUGGUCGACUUGAUCCUAUCAACAUAUCGCCCCAUCUUCGGUAAGCAAAGUUACAUCGACCGUUGUAAAUCAAAUCCGAAAAACAUGCGACAACAUUCAUCCAGAAUGGGCAAUGAAGGAUGGUUACCUGCUGGAGUAGCUAAUGUACAGGAUGUGGUCUGGAGCAGAUAUUGGGGGGUGGGGACUGCACGACAGGAAGAAGCAUACAUAUAG